AUUAUGUCGUUCGCAGGUUGCCCUUGAAAGUGCAAAUUGUGGUACAGAAAAAAAGUUGUAGCGAUUACUGCGUCGUACGCGGCCGAUUACAGCCUAUUCAACCCUUGCGUCUGUCGGGAUUCCCAUUAGAUGGCUGAGAGGGGACAUCUGCCGGCAACGGUUGUUCCAUGUAUCUUUCAUUUCCGGAAAUCCAUGCGAUGCACUAACCACCUAUCCCUCAAGAAUCUGAUCCUCGCCCAAGACACUCACGCUCCGCGUCCGUUGAAGGGCGAAUCUUGAACGCCUUCCGUUUUGGAAUUUCCUCGUUUGACGAAUUUUUGAGAAAUACUACUUGUAAUGAUGGAAGCAGUCGUUGUCGAGAUGAAUGAAACCUGGCGACAAAGCCGAGGAAGCAUUGACGAUGAUAUCGAGUCCAUGAUCAUGGAUCCGCUGUCCCUUGCGGAUAUUUCUCGUCAAGGGACUCAGCGAGAUAGUGAAGAUGACAGCGGACAUGAGGACUCUUUCGAGCGACACAAAGAUUCCAAGAUAUUUUCAGUCGCUAUGGGGAUUAAGUUUGCCAAAGUUCCGAGCCCAAAGCCACCGCAGCGCCAAAGAACUUAUUCUACUCGGGAAUACUGGCGCAAGGCGGCUGCCAAAGCUCGUGCUCUCGGGGAUCCUUGGGAGAAAUUUCAUUUGAACGAUUAUCCGGUUGAAAAAGCGAAGCGCUACAGAUACAAUGCUCUCAAGAAGAUUUGGGUUGAAGACGAUGUAGUGGUGAAAAUGGAGCCGAAUUCUUUCAAUCGGGGAGCCAUGCGAGAAUGUUUUAGAAUGAAGAAGUUGAGCAAUUUUCUGAAGCACCAGGACUGGGGCAAAGAAUCCAACAAUUACGUGGCCAAAAGAUACAUGGAACCAGUCGACCGAUCUGUUUACUUCGAAGAUGUAAAACUGCAAAUGGAUGCGAAAUUGUGGGGAGAGGAAUUCAAUCGACAUAAUCCUCCGAAGAAGGUCGAUAUCAUUCAGAUGUACGUUGUGGAACUCGUGGAUCGCCCGAACAAACCGGUGUUCCACUUGGAACACUUCAUCGGUGGCGAUUACGUGAAAUAUAACUCGAACUCUGGCUUCGUUGGAGAUGAAUUUCGCCAGACGCCUCACGCGUUUUCGCAUUUCACUUUUGAGCGUUCGGGCCACGAGCUGCUCGUUGUUGAUGUUCAGGGCGUCGGAGAUUUGUACACCGACCCACAGAUUCACACCGUGUCUGGGACUGAGUACGGAGAUGGAAAUCUGGGCACUAGAGGCAUGGGUCUCUUUUUCCAUUCGCACGUUUGCAAUGCGAUCUGCAGCAAGUUGAAUCUGUCUCCGUUUGAUCUGGCGAGUCAGGAGCAAGCCUGUUUGUCGCCGAUUCACGAUUCCAUUAAGAAGAACAGUGCUACCCGUGUGCGUGGAGAAAUGGCCGUUUGCAAAUUGCCCUCUCGUUAUGAACGUGCUCAUUUGAUCGAGUUCUUGGAAAACCGAUCCCGAACUAGCUCUUAUUGCUCGUCGGCCUCCGUGCCGAAGCGUCCUUUGGGAGGACGAACCAGGUUCGUUUCGGAAUGCGUUCUGGAUGCGUCGCAAUCGGAAUCCAGGGGAUCUGAAGGGCACAAGACGCACAAGGACGAUCAUUCGGCCGUUUAUCGGUGCAUGAGCCAACCACACGCCGGACAGAAAGCCGAGCAGAAAAUGAUGCCUAAUCCCAACAAGUCUCAUCACGUUAGCGGGGACUCCGUUUUCAGAUCAUCAAGGUCGUCUGUGGUUUCGAUUGGAAGCUUUGAGGAGGAGGAGGAUGAACAGGACUUCGUUGCUCGUACUAUUAUGGAGGGUGGCCUUGCGACGGACGAAGAAGAAGACGAGGAUGAAACGCUAGCGAAAAUAGCCAAUGCUCGCCGAGUCUCCUUCACUGGCAAUGCUCGAGACUCCGGUUGUGGUUCGUCCCGCAAUGUUUCCGGAGCUUCCGUUGUGUCUGCUUCGGAGUCCUCUGGGAAAUUCUCUGCAUACAACCGACGCCGUGUCGACUCGGAAUGCAGCAGUGCUACGAACUCAACGCUUUUCCUAGUGGACCUUAAAAGAGCAAACAACAGUGCGUUCCGUGCUUUCUGGCUGCAUGUGCGACUUUUCAACGCCUCUAACCUCCCCCACUUCGCAAGGCCUUUACUGCAACAGCCUGGCGUGGGCGAAGGAGAGCCGGAGGAAUUGAAGGAUUCGGUCCUUGGACAGAUACAUUUGGAUUUGGCGAAAUAUCACGAACUUGGAAGAUUCAGCGUGGAAGGCGCGGAAGACGAGUACGACCAAGAAGCUGCCAUGUUUCAUUUGAGGCAAGCCGCA